AUGAUGAAUUUUGAAUUCUUACCCAACGAAAUCUUACUUGAUAUAUUCGAGUAUCUUAAUGGUAUAGAUCUUCUUCGUGCAUUUUAUGGUCAUAAUUCUCACUUCAAUCUACUUCUUUACAAUCAAUUUCAAUCAUAUCGAUUUGAUUUACUUUCUUGUUCAAAACAUCAAUUCGAUAUUAUAUGUAAACAACAUUUACCAUUUAUUUCUAAUCGAGUUACUACUCUUACUCUUUCUGACAACGAAGAUACUCCAGGACAAAUAAAUCAACUUUUUUCUUACAUAUCAUCAUUUCGUCAAUUCAUUCAUUUGCGAUCACUAUCAAUAUUACACAUUCCUUCAUAUUACACAUUGGUAAAAAUUGCUGAUGAAUUACAUUAUCUUUCUAAUCUCACUCGUUUAAAAUUGAACAUUUGUCCUUUUGGAAAUAAUCAAGUGAAUCUUCAAUUAGUUGUUAACAGUAUUUGGAGUUUACCAAAACUUACCUAUUGUUAUUAUAGUGUUCGAAUCGAUCUAAAACAAACUUUUACUCUACCUACAAAAUUGUCAACAUCUCUCAAAGCUGUAGAUAUAAGUGCACAAAUGCUUAAAUGGAAUCAAAUAUAUUCUUUAUUUGAAUGUACACCUCAUCUAGAAUAUCUUGAUAUUUUUAUUACUCCUUUCGACAAUAAUCAUUAUCAAUCAUCUCCUAUUCCAACAUUAAUCAAAUUGAACAUAGCUUGUUAUCGUAUGUCUGAUACAUCAAAAAUGAUUUCAUUCUUGAAAAAUGUACCCAAUUUACGUCAUUUGAAGAUCACUAUGGUAUUUAAUCUAAUCAAUGGUUAUCAAUGGGAACAAAUCAUUCGUAAUUAUUUGCCGAAACUUAAAAUAUUUAACUUGAACAUGUAUGAUCAAUUUCCAGACGAUCAAAAUAUUGAAGAACGAGCUAAUGAAUUAAUUAAUUCUUUUCAAAGUUCAUUUUGGAUUAAUGAAUAUAAAUGGUUUGUUCGAUGUUUUAUAUGUGAUAAAAUUAUUCGUCUUGAAACUUCAUCUGUAAUAUUUUAUCAUUUCGAAAAAAAAUUUCCUAAUUGGUGGAAAUCUACUUUUUCACAUGACAAUCAUCUGAAAUUUUAUCAUUGUAUGACCAGCAUCGAUGAUAACAUAGUUUUUGAUCAAUCAUUUCUAUUUGAUAUUUUUCUGCAAAAUAUGUAUUCUGUUUGCAUAACAUUUCCUAUUAAUAAUCAAUUUUGGUCCAUUGUUCCAAGUUUAAAGACACUGCGUUCACUUAGAAUAUUAUCUUAUACUGAUACUUAUCAAUCUCAAUUACAAGCUUUACUUGAUCGUGCACCGUAUCUUUAUCGUCUAGAUAUUAGACAAGAACUAUCAUUACCAUUACAAAUUUCAUUAUUCAAAUAUAAUAAUGCAUCAGUUCGUCAACUUUAUUUACAGAAAUAUAAUUAUCAAUUCAAUGAAAAGGAAUGUGAUACAUUAACUCAUUCAUCAUUGGGUGUUCAAUGUGAAAUACUUUCCAUUAAAGUUAAAAAUCGCAAAAGUAUUAUUAUUCUUGUUAAAAAUAUGAUCAAUCUUCGAGCAUUACAUAUUCAAUGUGAAGAUGAUGAAUAUUCUAAAUAUUUGUCAUUAAUAGAAAAUGUUAAUGAAUCUCAUCAAACAAAUAAAACAAACAAAGACAAGUUAAUUCAAUGGUUAAAAGAUAAUUUAUCAUCAACAUAUUUGAUUUCGAGAGAUCCAAAAUCUAUCAAUUGUAUUCGACUAUGGAUUCGAUAA